AUGUCGGGAUUAGGUGCUCUGCUGUCCUAUCCGAAUAUUCUUGAUGUUGCCACUUAUGGAGUGAGCUCACUUCUUAUUUAUUCCGGGGUUGUGGGAGCGUACAUCGAUCCUCUUGGCUGGGUCAGAGGUUUUGGCCUCCCCACAGCAACGGCAGAACAGGCUGUCCUUUUCCCUUGCGCAACAGGCCGGAAUCUUGGUGCAGGCUGCUUUGUGUUGGCUAUGACUUUUCUGAGGGAGAGGAAGCUGCUGGGAAUAUUUCUCUUGUGCUGGGGAUUUGGGGCCGGCAUCGCGGAUUCCAAGGUUCUCUACGAUCACCCACAGGGACAGGGUGUAGGAAAGCAUAUGCUGUCGUUUACAAUUUGUAUGACACUGAGCGCGCUUCUGAUAAGUUCGCCACAGUAA